AUGAGUUCCGAUGAUGACAUGUACGAUGAUGAUAGUUUUGAGCAGGAGACGGUUGAUGAUCAGAUUCUCGACCGCGAAGGCUUAAAAUCUGACAUGGAAGAAGUCAUAGCAAGUGUUCAAGAAACUAUUCAAGUUACCAAAGGAGUCUGUCGUAUUCUGUUGCAAAACCACAAAUGGAAUCAGGAAGCAUUGAUUGACAAAUUCUAUGACAGCGCUGACCUGGAAACUUUUCUCUCAGCAGCCAACAUCCCUCUUCACACGCCUUCUUCGGCAGAUGGCGAGUGUGACAUCUGUUGUGACAUGGCACCGCUCACAGGUCUGUCCUGCGCUCAUAUGGCUUGUAGUCAAUGCUGGAAGGCAUAUCUGACGGAGAAGAUCAAAGAGGGACAGAGCGAAAUUGAGUGCAUGGCGCCGAAAUGUCAAUUGAUUAUUCCUGAUGAGCAAGUCGUCAAGUGUAUUUCCGAUGACACCAAAGUACUUGACACGUAUCACCGAGUCAUCCUCAACAACUACGUGAAAACCAAUGUCUACCUCGAAUGGUGUCCCGGAAUCGAUUGUGGGAAGGCGGUGAAAGGUUCCACUUGUGAUCCCCACCUCAUCGUUUGUACCUGUGGAACACGCUUCUGCUUCGCUUGUUCCAACGAUUGGCACGAGCCGGUCGACUGUCGACAAAUGAAAUUAUGGGUCAAAAAAUGUGGAGAGAGUAGUGAGACAGCCACAUGGAUUAUUGAGAACACGAAGGACUGUCCGAAGUGUUUGACGUCGAUUCAGAAGAAUGGAGGGUGCAACUAUAUCAGAUGCACAAAUCCGAAAUGUGGAUAUCAGUUUUGCUGGAUUUGUAUGAAUGCGUGGUCGGUUCAUGCGAAUGCGUGGUACAAUUGUAAUAGUUUCGACCAAGCCGCUGAGAACAACCGUAGUCAAUUCCGUAACAACCAUGACCGCUAUCUGUUCUUCUACAACCGCUACCGUACCCAUGAGCAGAGUCUGAAAAUGGAGGAGCGUCUCAUUGCGAAAAUGAAUAUGAAGAUGGAACAAAUGCAGAAUCAUUCCAUGACCUGGACAGAGGUCCAAUUCCUGAGAGAAGCUGUCAAUGUGUUGUCUCUUGCUCGUAGAACUAUGAUGUUCACAUAUGUCUUCGCCUAUUUUCUCCGGAAGAACAACCAUUCAAUGAUGUUUGAGACAAAUCAGAAGGAUAUGGAAAUGGCGACUGAGCAACUCUCCGGAUUCUUGGAGCAAGAUUUGGAGGGGGAGAAUUUGAAGACGUUGAAACUGAAGGUUCAGGACAAGUGUCGAUAUGUCGAACAACGUCGCAAUGCAUUGUUGAAUCAUUGCAAAGAAGGAAUCGAACAAGAUGUUUGGAAAUUCAUUGAGUGA